AUGGGGCAUCUUACCGUGGAAGCUAUGCAAGUUAUUAAGAGCAAGGUAUAUGGUGACAACAAAAAGAUGCCGAAUCUUGAUCAAUUGGCUCUAGUUGCUGCUGUUGCAAGCAACAAGGAAGAAGAAAUUAUUUUUGAGAAUUCAAGUUCAGCUCAGGAAGCCUUGAGAAAGCUCAAUGCUUUGAAAAUAUUCUCCCCAAGUAGGGACGAUGCAGAUGGCCAUAGUGAUCGGAGGGUGGAAUUCACGAAGCUGAAGAAGGAUACAUUGGACUCCAAGAUAGAGAUUGUGAACUGUGCUACUGGAAGAGACGAUGAACGUGGUUACAAUAGCAUGCCUACUUGUGAUCGUAAGAAAGUCAGGGCUUCCGACUCCAAGAAGCCCGAACAGACGAGCAAGAAGAUGAAGUACUCUCAGCCACUUGCUACUCAACUUCGAGACUUGCCUGAAGAGUUCAAGAGAAAGAUUGAAACGAUGGGAGGGUGUUCUGAUGAAGCGCGCUUGGUGAUUGAGAAGCCAUUGAUCAUCAGUGACUGCCGUAACAAUGCAAGCCGGUUAACAAUGCCGGAAAACCAACUCCUAUGGCCUUUCUUGGAGAAGGAUGAAGCGGAAUGGCUGGAUAAAUCGCGUGGGGAAUUACACAUCACGUUGAUAGACCCCAUGGUUGAAGAAGAAAAAAUAUGCUUAGCGCAGUGGAAUUACCCCAGUUCCAUAUCCUAUAUAUUGAGAACUGGAUGGAACUAUGUUGUCGCAAAGAAUGCUCUAAAAGCCAUGGAUCUUAUCCAAGUUUGGUCAUUUCGGAAUAAGACCAACAGCAGGCUUCACUUGGCCCUUGUGAAGAGGGGUGUCGACAGUCGUGAUGCCGGGUGUAGUAGUAGUAGUACUAGUUAUGCUAGUAGUACUGUUGUUGAUGGUGAAAUCAAGUAG